AUCGUAACGAGACGCCCGAUAUGGAAAUCUACCUGCUAUUAUUUGACUAUUGUUCCUAGCAUGAUUUGGUUAAAUUCAAUAAUGAACUCUACACAAACAAUCCCUCUUACCAUAAGUUGGUUUCAAGCGGAGGAUUUUUCGUUAACUUUGUGAAAUUGAAGAAAAGUUUCAAAUCCGUCAGACUUUGAGUUGAAGCUGCUGCUUUUAGUUUUCAAUUAUUUUUGGGAAAUAAAGCUUUGAUUUUUCAUUUGAUAAAAGUGUUUUUGGAAAGAGGUUUGAACCUGCAUUUGACUCAUGCAGUUUUUAUUUUUUGCUUAUUGGAAUUCUUUUUUUGGUUUUUUUUGAGCAAGUCAGACUUUGAUUUUAAACAACUUGUGUGAUUUUGGGGAAGAUCGGUGUUUAUUUAUAUAGAAAGAAAAGCAAUUUUUAUUGGUAAUUGAGUUGUUUGUCCGGCUUAAAAAAUUGAGAUCUAGCUCGGAUUUCACAGCAUGUAUUUUUUCGAAUUCCUCAGGUAAAUUUACGAUUUUUUAACUUUUCUGUACUCUUUAUACGUAUUUAUGCUCUCACGUAUGUUUGUUUAUUCCUGAAGCAACUACGUAUAAAGCUGAUUUUUGGUUUUUUGGAUCUGGACACUAUAUAUGUUUUGUGUUCUUUCACGUUUAAUAGAUAUGCGUGCCCCAAAAAGAAAUGAAAAUUGUAUGCAUGUGCUUGCUGUUAACUGUAACUAUAUAAGAAAGUUGAGCAUUUCUUAAAUUGAUUGACCGAAUAAUUAUAAAGUUGUGUUUUUCCCUGUAUGGCACGGACAAUUUGCUGUGUGAGAGCUAAUUUUCUGUUUAUUGGAUGAAGUUCAGAGAUCAGAUUUCAAAACACUGAAGUCAGAUCUGCCGGGAAUUUAGACGCUAACUGGUAUUUGAGUCUCUGAACAAAUGGGGUUUGACUUGGGAAGUAUGCUACAAAAGAUGAACAUCUUAUCGAAUACUGACAACACUUCAGUGAUUGCCAUCAACUUAUUUGUUACACUCCUUUGUGCAUGUAUUGUAAUCGGUCACCUUUUGGAGGGAAAUCGCUGGAUGAAUGAAUCCAUCACGCCCCUUAUAAUCGGUGUAUGCACUGGAGUAGUGAUUCUACUAAUAAGUGGAGGAAAAAAAUCACGUCUUUUGAUUUUCAGCGAAGAUCUUUUCUUCAUUUAUCUUCUUCCACCAAUCAUAUUUAAUGCGGGGUUCCAGGUCAAAAAGAAACAAUUCUUUCGCAAUUUCUCAACUAUAAUGCUGUUUGGAGCUCUUGGUACUUUGAUAUCAUUCGUCGUUAUAUCAUUGGGUGCUAUUGGUCUUCUCCGGCCACUGGAUAUUGAUCUGGCAAUUGGAGAUUAUCUUGCACUUGGAGCAAUUUUUGCUGCAACAGAUUCAGUUUGCACCUUGCAGGUGCUAAAUCAGGACGAGACACCUUUACUGUAUAGUCUAGUCUUUGGGGAAGGAGUUGUAAAUGAUGCGACAUCGGUGGUUCUCUUCAAUGCAGUACAGAACUUUGACCUGACUCAUACAAACACAACUAUAGCUUUGGAGCUAGUUGGGAAUUUUUUGUAUUUGUUCAUCACAAGCACCAUAUUGGGAGUUUUUGCUGGAUUGCUUAGUGCAUAUGUCAUAAAGAGGCUCUGCUUUGGAAGGCAUUCCACAGAUCGUGAGGUUGCCAUUAUGAUGCUUUUGGCAUAUCUUUCAUACAUGCUUUCCGAAUUAUUUAAUUUAAGUGCUAUUCUCACUGUGUUCUUUUGCGGGAUUGUGAUGUCACAUUACACCUGGCAUAAUGUCACCGAGAACUCAAGAAUCACGACCAAGCACACCUUUGCCACAUUGUCAUUUGUUGCUGAAAUAUUCAUAUUUCUUUAUGUUGGCAUGGAUGCUCUGGACAUUGAGAAGUGGCAUUUCGUAAGUAGCAGCCCAAAGACGUCAAUUUCUGUCAGUGGAGUUCUAUUGGGAUUGGUUUUGGUUGGACGAGCAGCCUUCGUUUUUCCUCUAUCAUUCCUGUCUAACUUGACCAAGAAGUCCCCAUCUGAGAAAAUCGACUUUAAGAAGCAAAUUACAAUAUGGUGGGCUGGUCUUAUGCGCGGUGCUGUUUCGAUUGCUCUUGCUUAUAAACAGUUUACAAGUUUGGGACACACCAAUGUACGAGAGAUUGCCAUCAUGAUUACCAGUACCAUAACAGUUGUUCUUUUCAGCACUGUGGUGUUUGGCUUGAUAACUAGACCUUUGGUGAGGUUCUUACUGCCUUCAUCAAAACCAUUAGCCAGUAUGAAUUCAUCGGAGCCAAUUACCCCGCAUUCCGUCACAGUGCCACUUCUAGGCGAUGAGCAGGAUUCCUUAACUGAUCUAUACGGACAAAACAUAACAAACGGGCAGGCUUCAGAAGCUAGUGGAGUUGGCCAAAAUGUGCCCCGUCCGAACAGUUUACGGAUGCUCUUAACAAGACCCACUCGUACUGUCCAUUAUUAUUGGAGAAAAUUCGAUAAUUCUUUCAUGCGUCCCGUUUUUGGGGGUCGUGGUUUUGUUCCUUUCGUACCAGGCUCACCAACCGAGAGAAGCCUGCAUCGUUUCCCUGAAGAACUCGAACAAGCUGCUAGAACACUGAAUUAGAUAAUUUGCCCGGUGUACAUAAUCAGUUUUUGGCUUUCAUUUGUUUAUAUCUGUGCUUAUCCUUUUUUUUUGAAAAAAUAGGAUUCUAUUUACUUUCGUUAUUUCUUAUGAAAUCAUGCUUUUUAUAACCCUUUUUCUGGGCGCUAGUCCGAAAUUAUUUUACAGAGAGAAUUUGUAUUUAAUAUUCUAGUGCCGAAUUGGAAAAAUUGGGUGAAUAGUC